GAGUGAGAUAGGUAGAGGAGAUAGCCAUGGCUUUUGGAAGGGGAGGAGAGGUGUUGGUAGCCUUUGUGGUGGCCUUGUGCAUGAGUGCCACCAAAUUAGAAGCUCAGCUCCAUAUGGGCUACUAUGACAAGACUUGCCCUCAAGCUGAGUUCGUUGUUAUGGACGAGGUUAAGAAGGCUGUGGCCGGCAACAUUGGCUUCGCUGCCGCUCUUGUGAGGAUGCACUUUCAUGAUUGCUUCGUUAGGGGUUGUGAUGGGUCAAUUCUCAUUGAUUCAACGCCAAAUAACAUGGCGGAGAAGGAUGCACCACCAAACAAUCCGAGCAUGGUAGGGUUUGAAAUCAUCGACAAUGCCAAGAAAAGAUUGGAGGCAGAGUGCAAGAGAACGGUUUCAUGCGCUGAUAUACUCGCGUUUGCAGCCAGAGAUGCUGUCGUGCUGACUGGAGGAUUUUUCUACAAAGUCCUUGCAGGCCGAAGAGAUGGAAAGGUUUCGAUAGCAAAUGAGACGUUGACAAAUCUCCCUCCUCCGUCAUUUGACCUCAACCAACUCACUCAAAGCUUUGCUCAAAAAGGGUUGAGCCAGGAUGAGAUGAUAUUUCUCUCAGGAGCACAUACAAUUGGCCGGUCUCACUGCAGCUCCUUCAGCAACAGACUCGACAAUUUCAACUCAACCUUCAGCCAGGACCCGAGCUUGGACCCGGCGUAUGCAGGCCAACUAAAGCAAGAGUGCCCGAAUACGAGCAGUGGUGCAAACCAGGUGGUGCCAAUGGAUCCAAACAGCCCAAACACGUUUGACACCAGCUAUUAUAGCAAUAUCUUAGCGAACCGUGGUCUGUUCACUUCCGACCAGACCUUGAUGUCAACCCCGGCGACGGCAGCUAAGGUGAGGCAGAAUGCAGCCGACUGGUUGGGCUUCCAGAAGAAGUUCGGAAAAGCGAUGAGAAAGAUGGGCAAGAUUGGAGUCCUCACUGGAAGCGAGGGAGAGAUAAGGUGCAACUGUAGGGUCGUGAACGGAUUCUAUUGACCGCAUGCAUGCACUACUCCACGGUGCCUGACGUUCUUUAGUAUCUUGGCUAUUUAGUAACAGUUGCGAGUGUUUUGAAGUUAUAUGUGUUUUAGUUAAUUUUUCAGCAUUUACUUUGAAUCUUUAAUUGAGCGAUGUGAGGACUAAUAAUGAUGGGUAAUAAUGAUGUCGGAAGACAUGUUUUUCUAUGUAGUACAAAGCCAUCGACGUUGUUGUUUUUAUGUUGCAAUAAGAGGCCUGAAUCCUUCUCAUUCGUAUUA